UUUCAAAUAAAAGUGUACAAGUCCUUGAAGGCCGUGGUUAGAAUAAUGAUCUGUCUUUUCGUUCUCGGCUAGCUGGGAUUGUGGUGACUGUCGUCCGCAUCCUCCCACUACAUCUGACAUCGACAAUCCUUUCUGCUGCCUUAAAAAUGAAUAAGCUGCCAAUAUACGUAUUUUCAGGUCCUUCUGGAGCUGGUAAAAGCACACUUCUUCAAAUGCUAAUGAAGAAGUAUCCGACAAGUUUUGCAUUUAGUGUGUCUCACACAACACGAAAGCCACGACCUGGGGAGAAAGAUGGCAUAGAUUAUCACUUUACUGAUAGAGAUACAUUUUUACGUGAAAUUUCUGAAGGGAAGUUUUUGGAGCACGCUGAAUUCGCCGGAAAUAUCUAUGGGACUUCAAGAUAUGCUGUACAAUCGGUACUGGAUACUGGCCGGAUAUGUAUUUUAGAUGUUGAAUUAGAAGGAGUUAAAAGUAUUCGUGCAAUUCGACCACCGUUAAAUGCUGAAUACAUUCUUAUUCGUCCACCGUCUAUUGAUGAUUUGAAUAGACGUUUACUUGCUCGUGGAACAGAAACUGAAGAAACCUUGUCUAAACGGAUUGAAAGAGCUCGUAAAGAUAUUGAAUUUUCAGAAACUGAAGAAGGCAAAAAAUUAUAUACAAAAAUUAUCAUCAAUAAUGAUCUAGACACUGCGUAUAAAGAAUUAGAAGAUUAUCUUCUCCCGUCUAUCAAGGCUACGAAACCUGUUUAAUUAAUGACACAGUGCAUAGAAAUCCUUUCAAAUUGACUUUUAGUGAUAAAUAAUGCACAUUUCCUCCUUAGAGGUGUCUACGUCAUAGAUGAUAUAGUCUGACAAAAUAACACAUACAUGGCAGCGUCUUUCUUUAUGCUUUAAAACUGUGUUUACCUCACAUUAGUAUGUAUAGGAAAAGGAUCGAUUGAUUUUCUUUUUUCAAGUUUAUUGCUUACACAUGAUUCAUUUUUAGCUUUUGUGCAGAUCUAACCCUACUCUCUAUUCUUUUUUUUUUUUGUAAUCCUCCACACCACCUACAGCUCACCACAUAUAAUCUGUGAAAAUUUUAAAAUACAUCUAUAAUUUUUGAAGAAAACCGCAUUUUAGUGCUUCGUUUUUUUUUUUUGCUCUCUAAUGUUAUGUUAUGCUGCAGUGUGCGAAUGCGUAUUCCUUAUUCCGUUCGAUACAAUUGUGCAAUUUUAAUGAAACUGUUACAGUUUUGUGCAAAGUUUUACGUUGAAAGUCCAGCUCAACAGGCAUUUUAUUACUCUAUAACUUACUGCACUGUUGUGACUGACGAUAUCGGUGUCAUUUUUUUGGUGUUUCUUUUUGUAGAC